AUGCGACGCGUAUCCGUCUACAAAUAUGAGCGUCGAUCAAUAGCGCAUUUGCUCGCGCCACGAGAGCUGCAUCCAAUUCGCUCGAGGCGCGUGUAUCGAUCCCGGCGUCUCGAAGCCCACCAUUCGUCCCGCGCGGCGGGGCCAUUAUCGUAUUGGUGUAGCGAGAACGCGUCCCCAUCGCUGUCCGCGGGUGGUAUAUCUUUGUACAGGCAGCAAGUCGCCGCCGCUUGUAGCGAUCGGGCGACAGAGAGCGGUGCUCGAGGAUACCAUAGCAACCGAGGCCCCCACCCAUUUCACCCCCCGGAACGAUUACGGAAAGACAGGCCGAGUAAGAAUAGCUGUAACAUCAAGAAGAAAUCCCGAUCGAUCAACAGCAGUCCGACGCAUAUAGAGAACUCCGAAUACACUGCAAGCCGC